CGGGGGGAGCUUCAAGUCGCCCAAGGCACCCCGAACAGCUUAACUGCAGUAUCAUUCCUACCUCUCCACCGCUCUUAAAUCUCCGAUCUCACCUGGAACUAACCAUGAACCUGUGCUUCUGUCGGUGAGCAGCGGAUGUCAUUACAGAUCUACAUCGCCCAUACGGGUGAGCGUUUGCUUGCUGACCCGGUGUCGUUUGCUUCGCCAGACGCACUACGGUCAUGGAUCGCUCGCAGUACUUCCAUCUCGCCCCAGAGGCAGAUCUUGAUGACUGCUCGGGGUAAGAACGUCAAGAUUCAGACGCUUGCCACUGAGAACGAGAUCUUCGUCUACGAUAGGCAGUAUGUCAGUGAACCCGGCAAAAUUCAGGUCCCCGAAAUACCUUCACCACAGCCGCUGCAAUUGAGCCCAGCUCCGGACACGCUGGCGGACCAGAAUAACCUUCAGGCAUGGCGGAAUCUCUACAUGGCCCGCAGGACCUGGGCCCUGGACGUUGCAGAACGUUGCGUCCCCAUCAACGACGCCAUCCAGGAGCACACUGAACGGGCGGAUAACAUCUACAGAGCUGUUGGUGUCGCUCUGGAGAAUCUAAAGGCUCACGUGGGCAGCCUGGAGCACAGAUUCCAAGAGGCUCAGGCAUGGGCAAAUGAUCUCCUGAAGGAGCAGAUGUCCGUUCUGGAAGGGUGGCAAGGAGCGUUAUCCAAAUUGGAGAAUAUCCCUGCGAGGAAGGAUUUCACUUUUCUCGGCCGGCCGUCCACUCCCAAGAAGGACAGGGAUCGUUCGAACGGGACACUGCAAGACUUUGUGGACGUGGAGGAGGUACGGCAAGCAGGGCCGCAUGCUUCAGCUGCAUCUCAGCAGUUCGCACACCGAAUCCAGGACAUAGAGAAGGCGGUGGGAGACAUCGCCUCCGACACGCAGACCUUGUUGGUCGAAGCACGACCGGAGCAUGGUGACACUGUGGAGGGCCUUUUAGAGGAGGUCGAGGCCCUUGCUAAGAAGAUCAGUUCGGAUUAUGAGCAUGUACUAGGACUACCAAGCAACACGAAAACUCUCGCCAACGUCUCAAGGAUGGCGCUAAGUCAUACGAAGAACAUUUUGCCGUCUCUACGGGAGAUCGUCUUCGAGUUCCAGGCAGCACUCGACCAGGCUGUCAAGAGGCGCAAUGCGGCCACAAAAGUAGCUAUCAAUCAUAUGCGGACCAUCUCCUCUAUCGAAUCCCGUCUUGCCGAGGUCCAAGCGCAGAUUGUCAACUUGGACGUUGAAGGGGACGCCUUUGAACCUCUCUACUCUGUCUUUCAUAUGCCGUUUGUCUACGGGUCUGUUCUCAUUGAGGCUGUGCGCCGACGCGAAUGGGGUGAAAAGAUGAAGACGGACUCUUUGACCCUGGCGGAAGAGAUGGCCGUUUUCAGGGAUGAAGAACAGCGUAGAAGGAGAAAAUGGUUGAAAACGAUGGGCGACUUCUUGUCGUUGUCCGAUGACAGCACACCGGGCAUUGAGAUUAAUCUACAGGGUCAUGAACUACAAUGGCCCGACGUUGCCCGCAAGGAAGUCGAACUAUAUAUCGAUGAAUUGAAAGCGAAUGGCAUGUCUGGCAUCGUCGAACAGUUGUCACAGAUGUAUAGAGAUAUUGACGCUCCUACUCGCCAGCAAAAACGCAGGGCGAAAGCUUUCAAGCAUGGCAGUGUGUUUGAUAUGGGACGCAGCUCGCUUCUGAUCCGUGGCGACGACAUGGUUCGAAGUUUGAAGGACGAGAAAACCAAAUUGGAGGAUAAGCUGAAAGGUUCCGAGAGUCGCAUUCGCAAGCUCGAAGAUCUCCUUCAUAGACAAAGCCAAAUCAGUCGGCCUGUAAGUGGCAAUUUCGGCGCUGAUAUACCGACCUCUCCUGCCUCACCUCGGCCGGACCCAUUUUCCAGGAGGUCGUCCGUAUCGUCUAGGCGGAUGUCAUCCAAUCAGCCACCGGAAGAAAAGGCCCUUGUCCAGCGCAUCGUCGCUCUGGAAGCGGAACUUGUUGCGGAGAGGGACACAGUCCAAAGGCUGCAGAAAGAAGCACACGCGGAGCGGCAGUCUAGCACAGAUAAGAUGCAGGAAGCGCAGUCGACAAAGAAGGACCUCAUAGGUAAUCUCGAAGCCAGACAACGUGAAUUUCAAGAUGAGCGAAGAUUCCUCGAGUCUGAAGUAAAGAAAUUCAAGCUCAGAGCGGAAGAAGCGGAGGAGGAACUUGACAGGGCCAUGGACAGCAGGGAGCAUGAAAAGCAGGAAUCCGACGAAAGGAUACAGACAUUGGAGGCCGAGAUUGAGGCUGUUCGAGCGCAGACUGCGGAAGAGCUGCAGAGCAUCAGUGAGCAGAUGGAGCAAAUCAAGCACGACUAUGAAUCUCAAAAGGAAAAGUCCGACGCUCUGGACGCGCAGGUCCUGGCUGAGAAAGAAGAGGCCGAGAGACUACGGGCUAGGACUGGAGAGCUCGAGAAGCAAGUCGAGGAACUGGAGAGACGUGAACGUGAAAGCAUCAGUUCUCUGCAGGCGGCCCAUAUGCAACUGUCGCCAGAGGGCUCUGCGCCGGAUGAUUUCUCUAGGCUUGUGAAGGCAAUUGAAGUUCUGUCUGAAGGCUUGGCUAUCCAUGCUAGGACAACAGAAGAGAAGAACGCCAAUGCCAUUGCUGAAGUGGAGUCGCUGAAAGAGCGCCUUGCACAAUUGGAAAACGAGACACAGGAGCUGAAGAAGCUCUCAGAUAUGCGCGAAUCAGAACUUUCGCAGCUUAAGGACGAGCUUUCAUCUGAGCGGUCGAGAUUGUCUGCGGCAAAAGCUGAACUGGUGGAAGAACAAUCACAGCUUCAGCAUCUAAGAUCGAAGUUUGCUGCCGGAGAGACCGGCUCAGAAGUCCUCCGAGAGCGUGUCGCUGAAGAAGAAAAGAAAGCGGCCAGUCUUUCCGAGAGGCUUUCACAAGUGGAAUGCAAAUCUCGCGCUGCGGAGGAAGAACUGCUUACAUGGAGAAAGAAAGGUGAAAGUCUUAUAGAAUCCGAAAAGCGCGCCGUGUCUCGCCUGAAUGCCCGCGGCGAAAGAGCGCGGCAGAUAUCAGGCCAGCUUUACGCACAGGUAGAGAAAGUUGGACGCAUGUUGGAACAUCUUGGAUUCACAGUGGUCCGCCAAGAUGGCAAUAUCACGGUGCAGAGAUCAUCGAAGGUUAAUAGCUUGUCGGGUAUUGGAGAAGGUCUUGCGACCUCCGGUAUAGCCUCUGUACGACCAGAUGCACAACUUGUCACUUGGGUCCAGUCUGAGGAUCCGGAUGAAGAGGCUGCCAGGUUUGCCUCCUUUAUGGAAUCCCUCACGAAGUUCGACAUCGACAUCUUUGGGGACGCGGUCGUCAAGCGAGUGAAAGAUAUCGAGACUCUGGCAAGGAAAUGGCAGAAGGAGGCUCGGGGUUAUCGCGACAAAUACCACCGUGCCCAGAGUGAAGCACAUGAUAAGAUUGCCUACCGGUCAUUCAAGGAGGGCGAUCUCGCCUUGUUCCUCCCAACCCGAAACCAGACGAUCCGGUCAUGGGCAGCAUUCAAUGUCGGCGCACCGCAUUACUUCCUGCGCGAGCAGGAUGUGCACAAGCUGUCGAGUCGGGACUGGUUGCUCGCACGGAUUAGCAAGGUAGAGGAGCGAGUGGUGGAUCUGUCUAAAUCAAUGAACAACUUCAACCCGGAUCGCCGGUCGAUAGCCGAAGCGAGCGACGGUGCGUCUUUGGACGACGAGAACCCAUUCGAACUGUCCGAUGGCCUUCGUUGGUAUCUGCUAGAUGCUCAGGAGGAAAAGCCAGGAGCACCCAGUACGCCGGGUCUGGGGAAGAGUACGGUUGCGUCGGCUCAUGUUGACGCCAAAGGCAGUAUUCGUCUCAAGGCUAGCGGCGGGAAUGUCGCCAAAACAUUGACCAAGAGUCUCGAUAGCCGUCGAAACAGCUCCGCCUCCAAGAAAGGCACCCCUACUGCGUCGACACCGGCUGGGGAACCCGCGGGCGAUAGCAGCGAGCAGGCUGCGGCAGCAGAUGUCGGGACACAGCGAAGAGAGGGAGACCCUAGAUCUGAUGAGGGCUCGGAAUGGGGAAUCGAGCGGGGAGGACCAGAACAGGGGCGUAUCUCACCCUCUUCCUCGAGCAAAAGGGCCAGCAUGACGGGCUCUCCCUCGCCGACUCCCGCGUCGAACAAACGUCACUCCAUCGCCCGAUCGCGGCCAUGGGAGAAGCUCUGGUCCCUCGAUUACCGAGUGGAAGGUGGAAGACAGUGAAAGGAAAGUGAAGGUUGAACUCGAUGUGGAGGAGUCCGGGUUUUUAUUUCUAGCGUAUAAGCGAUGGAGAUAGAUCAGUCAUAGUUUGAAGAUACCCAUCUUAUUUGGAGUACACGUAUAGCUUGCUAUUUACCAUGGACAAUGGACCGGAUGAGAUUGAGUACUUGUGUGG